UCAGUGGAAGAGAUCACUACACUAUGUGUUCAUGAGGGUAUUUUUCCAAACCGAAUUCUUUCUGUGCCUUUGAAAACAUAACGAGGAGUUUGUGAUUUUAGAACAUUUCACCAUAUAAGAAUACGAUGUCGUUAUCGAAGUACACAUCGACACCAGAGACGACAAACACUGCUCGGCUGGCGAGGCUCAUACUGGGACCCUGUACUGAUGUAUUACGUGAAAUUCUUAAAAAGGAAAUUCCACCGUCUGAUUUAUCCAAGAAAGUCAAAGAAUGGACUGAUGAUUUAAAGAAAAACAAAAAACGCAACCCUUUUAAUCCAUCACAAAAUGACAUCAUUUUCCCCACACCGACAAAUCAGUAUAAGGGAGACUAUUCAGACCUUGAUAUAUCUAUCUUGUACAUCAUUCUUCGGAAUGUCAGUAAAAUACCUCCACAUUCUAAAGGUUGGGGCGAGAAUCCAGACCCCGCUGAUAGAAUUGUCGCCGCAAAUAUCGAACGGAUUCGUCUUCUUCGGAACAAAUACCAAGGCCAUUCUGCCGAUAUAUUUCUUUCCGACUCAGAGUUUAGUCAGGAAUGGCGGAACAUCCGGGGCAUCAUUGUUGAAUUAGAGCGCCAUCUAGGGACGUCUACUGUCUACCAGGAGUCUGUGAAGGAAAUUAAAACAUGUUCCAUGGAUCCUGAACAUGAGCAUAAAUACAUAAACCGACUUGGGGUUGUUGAUGACCUACAUUCAUCUGUGUCUAGAUUUUCAGAGAAGCUGAGUGACAUGGAAAAGAAACUAAGUUUGCGCAUCGAUCCAAAACUUGAAAAAGAAAUAG